AUGGCUCUCACUUCGCUUACCAGAAAACAUGGAGUUAAAACUUGCACCGGCUCUCUCCACAGCGUGGAGGAGGUGGCUUUGGCCGUGGGUGCUGUUAUAGGGCAUACAUCUGUUAAAUCUGCUGCCAGAAUGAGUGGCGCGGUCGUUUUGUUUGUGGAGAGGGUUGACCAGGUGAACACGCUAGUUGAGACAGGUAUAUCUAUCAAUGGCGUGUUUGAACCUGUCAUGCCGCUCUCUCAGCCAGCGACUAAGAUCACACUCUCUAAUGUUCCCCCGUUCAUCAGUGACGGGUUUCUGAUACGGGAGUUGUCCAAACACGGGAAGGUGGUGUCACCUGUGCGUAAGGUUCUGUCUGGCUGUAAGUCUCCGCUGCUGAAACACAUCGUGUCUCACCGCAGACAGGUCUUCAUGAUCCUUUAUAAUAAAGGGGAAGACUUCAACUCAGUGUUUAAGGUCCGUGUGGAUGAUUAUGAUUACGUGCUUUUUGCUACUUCCGCCACUUUCAAGUGUUUUGGUUGCGGUGCUGACGGGCAUUUGGUGAAAGCCUGUCCGGACCGCGCCGUUUCAGCCCCGGGGGGCGUGACCGCUGCGGCGGCAGGUGGUGUGGCGGACGCUCAGAGUGAGCAGAGCGCUGAUCGCCCCGUACCCGUGGCGCGUCGGGCACCUUUGGUCGGGCGUCCUCCCAUGGACCUACCGGCUUCUGUGGAGCCCGUGGAAGAAGAACCUCAGCAGGCGGGCGAGCCUGGAGAGAGCGCGGUGAGUGGGGAGGGUGUGAGCGGAGACGGUGUGGUGGAGGGACAGGUGAGUCAGGAUGCCGAGGGCGUUCUCUCAACAGAGGCAGAUGUUUCGGUGGAGGGGAUUGUGAGUGUUGGUGUCACUGAGGUGAUGGAUGAACUGGGGGUUGGUGGUGAGGCUUCUGACGGUGCCGCUGCGUGUGUGGAGGAGGGGGGCCCGGAGCCCUCCGAGUGUUGUGGGCCGAAUGUGGGGCGGUCCGGGGUGGGUGCCGUUGCUAUGUGUGUGGGAGGGGGAGCUGAUGAGGUUGAGGCGCGUGGAUCAGAGCAGUCGGGGGUCUCUCUGAAACGACGGAAGCGGAGCUCCGCCUCCGCGGAUGUCAGCGUUAAAGCCAGUAGACUGGUGGCCACGGAGGGGGCGG